AGAUUUACAAAUUGUGUUUGAGCGCCAUGGAGCCUUUAGGUUCUACUUUAACGGCUACUUAUGCCCGCCCUCAACCAGCAUCAGCCAGCUUUCUACCAGCCAUUGGUACCAUGGCAUCAAGCUAUCGGGACAAGUUUCCCCACCGCAAUUUGACACACAGCUUGAGCCUUCCAUGGAGACCAAACACAUACUACAAAACGGCCUCCAACUACCUGAACUUGGCCCCAUACUGCACGAGAGCUCAGAAAGUGUGUGAGAGCACUAUGCUCCCCUUCGUGUCCAACAGAACCACCCUCUUCACAAGGUAUUCCCCGGAUGAUUGGUACCAGUCCAACUUAGUGAACUACCAAGAGUCCACUUGCUCACGGCAUAAUUCAGAGAGACUCAGAGUGGACACAUCUCGCCUCAUUCAAGACAAAUACCAGCAAAUCCGAAAGAUCCAGGCUGACUCUACCCAAAACUUGGGAGAACGUGUCAAUGACAUAUCAUUUUGGAAAUCUGAAAUCACGCAUGAGUUGGAUGAAAUGAUUGGAGAGACAAAUGCACUUACCGAUGUCAAGAAAAGGCUGGAGAGGGCUUUGACGGAGAUGGAAGCCCCUCUGCAGGUUGCCCGAGAGUGUCUCUUUCACCGCGAGAAGAGAAUGGGGAUUGACCUAGUUCAUGACGAAGUGGAAAAAGAACUACUGACGGAAGUUGAUACCAUUCUGUGUUGUCAAGAAAGAAUGAGGCGACAUCUGGAUAAGGCGAUUGCCCAACUUGCCUCAGACAGAGCUGCACAGCAUGAGCUUGAGAAGGAUCUGAAUGAUAAACAGGCUGCCCUCCGCAUUGACGAUAAAUGCAAGCACCUGCGCAACACUUCUGAGGGCGUCGGCUACUUCCGGGGAGUGGAGAGAGUGGAUGCAACGGUAUCAGUGCCUGAGUCAUGGGCCAAGUUUACAGAUGACAAUAUUCUCCGCUCCCAGAGCGAGAGGGCGGCCUCUGCUAAGCUGAGAGAGGACACUGAGAACCUUCUGGUUGUGACAGCCAAUGAGAUGUGGAAUCAGUUCAACAAGGUGAACUUGGCCUUCACCAAUCGCAUCGCUGAGACUGCAGAUGCUAAGAAUAAGAUCCACAUUCACUUAUCGAAGACCCUGCAGGAGAUCUUCCAGACAGAAAUGACCGUAGAAUCCAUCAAAAAGGCCAUCAAGGAAAAGUCUGCCUUCCUAAAGGUGGCUCAGACUCGGCUGGAUGAGAGAACGCGGAGGCCAAACAUAGAACUGUGCAGGGAUAUGGCUCAGUUACGCCUUGUGAAUGAGGUUUAUGAGGUGGACGACACCAUCCAGACUCUGCAGCAGCGCCUGAGGGAUUCUGAGGACAGCCUGCAGUCCUUGGUCCACACCAAGGCCGCCAUGGAGCAUGACUUGGCCGUGAAAGCCAACACCCUGUACAUCGACCAGGAAAAAUGCAUGAGCAUGCGCAGGAGCUACCCCAGCACCCUCCGGCUGAUUGGCUUCUGUUAG